GGAUAUGGAGAAAAUCAGACGGAAAGUCGAGAAGGAAGAGAAAUAUCUAACAAAUGAGGUUGUUCUCAACAGUUUCGAUUCGAGGAAACCUUCCUUGUUGUGAGCUCUGUUAGGUCUCAGCUACUACUCCUGCUGUCCGGAUGAUUUGUCUGAGAUAUUCAGUGCCACUUUUCAAUAAAAAACCAGAAUCACCUGAAGUCCCCAGGAGUCUUAGCACUGUUGUGGUAUGUGCUGCUAAAGGUCCAAGACCGAGAUAUCCUCGGGUAUGGAAAUCAAGAAAGAAAAUUGGGACUAUCUCUAAAUCAGCGCAACUUGUUACCUGUAUAAAAGGGUUAUCAAAUGUCAAAGAGGAAAUUUAUGGGGCUCUUGACUCAUUUAUCGCCUGGGAUUUAGAAUUUCCUCUGAUCGUAGUGAAGAAAGCCUUGAAAACUCUGGAGUAUGAACGAGAAUGGAAGAGAAUAAUUCAGGUGACGAAAUGGAUGUUAAGCAAAGGUCAGGGGAGAACAAUGGCAACUUAUUUCACUUUAUUGAAUGCUCUGGCAGAGGAUGGGAGAAUUGAUGAGGCUGAAGAGCUAUGGACAAAGAUGUUCUCCGAUAACAUAGAGAGCACCCCCCGUAUUUUCUUUCAGAAAAUGGUUUCUAUUUACUAUAAAAGGGAAAUGCAUGAUAAAUUGUUCGAGAUAUUUGCUGACAUGGAGGAGCUUGGUAUCAGACCAAAUGCCCCAAUUGUGACAAUGGUUGGGAAAGUGUUCCAGAAACUGGGUAUGUUAGAUAAAUAUGACAAACUAGUGAAAAAAUACCCCCCACCGAAAUGGGAGUAUAGGUACAUCAAAGGAAAGCGUGUCAGGAUUCAAGCGAAGCAGCUUAAUGAAUCCACUGAGGACAACAAAGGAGCAAUUAGCAAUAACAAGGAAAAGAUCGAGAAUGAUGAUCUAUAUGUGCAAGCUCAAUCAAGUUUAAAAGCAGAAAGCAUUGAAGCUAACAUCUCUUCUUAGUAAGCUACACAAUUGUCCACAUCAUGUAAAUCCUGUUCUUGUCCUCUGUGGAAAGUCACUGCAGUCAUAUACAGGUGAGGGAAUACUGAUUUGGUUCUUGUGAUAAUGAAGGUGAUAUAUGAAAACUCUGAUUGUUAGUUUGAUCACUUGUGGGUGUAAAUUAAGAGAUCAGACCUAGCUGGUAGAUGUACUACUGCUUAUCUCUUGUUUCACAGCUUGAGACUUAAAGGAGGAAAGCAGAGUCAUUCUCGCCUUCUUGUACUUUCUAGGACUGAAUUUGAUUGUACCGAAGUAAAUUUCGUAAUGAAGAGUAUGGAUGAAAAUUCCACUGAAUUCCCAAGUUAUGAACAAGGGUUUAUGAGAAAGUUAAUCUA